CUGGAUAACUUCAGCCAUUUCUCCAGCGCUCUCCUGAGUUCCAGCACUUGUUUGAGACAUGAUGUACCGAGCAUAUCAGCCUCUUCUGCCAACAACCAAUAGGUACCUGCAGGAGAAAUGGGACAAGGCCAAUUACCUGGCGCACCGCAGAAAGGUAAAGCUGGCUGUCCCUAUUGUGAACACUAGAGCUCUGCCAACACCUGUACAUCUGCAGGUGAACCAGAAGAAAAUACAGCUGGAAAAAGAGCGUCAGGCUACUUGGGACCGAGAAAAUCUCCUUCACUAUGCCAAGCUGUGGGGCAUCCAGCAGUCCAGGGGGCGUGUGGAUAACUGGAACUUCUACUGCACGCACAGCUUGAACUGGGAGAAGCGCCUGCAGGAUCUCGUGCACAUCUGUGAGGAAAACCAACAGCUCGUGAAGCGUCUGGAAGGGAGGAAGUCAGGACUGGCCCGGGGGCUCUGGCAGCAAGAUUGGCAUAAGGAGCAGCUGAUCCGGAACCGUAUUGCUCACUAUCCCCGUGGCCCAAGGAGCUGUCUGGCAAGAAAGGAGAAACCGAGGCUGUGGACUGGGAGCAGCAGUACUCCUGCUUCACCAUCUGGGGACAGCCCCAGUACUUUGCCCAACAGAACCCACGUCCCGUGCAGCAAGAAGAACUACAACAAUGUGUUGGGCAAGAGCUCCUGGGGAAGCAGAAGUGAGUCCACCGCAGAAGUACCUGCUACCACCUCCUCACCAUCUUCUUUGAGAGGAAGGGAUGUGCUCCAGCCACCUGGAGCUGUAACCCAGCAAUCGCGGAAAGGGAUUUGGGUGUCCACUAAGGACAGGGAUGCUGAUGGCUCAUUGGCUAGGAAAGAAUUGCCAGGAGAAGGUUCUCUUGAAAAGCCCCUCGCAGAAAUGAUGGCCACAAUUAAGCCUCCCACAUCCUUAGGCUUAGGGGAGGAACUCAAGCCCUCUGAGAAUAGCCAGAAGAAGCCAGAGCUCUCAGCCAGGAAGGCCACGCUUCGCUAUAGAAGAACUGAAGGGGCCCCCAGGUUUGAUGGGCAAGCCAUCCUGUUGACACCGGUGUCUGUCAAGUCUGAGAAGUCACUUCCCAGGAAAUCUGAGCCCACAGGUGAUGGCUGUGGCAGGCAUUGUCCUGUUUCCCCUUCUGCGUCAGGAUCCUGCAGCUCCUUAGCCGGGUUGGACAAGGGCUCCCCAUUCUUGGCUAAAGUGUGUGGAAGCAGAUCCUCAAACAGCUAA